AGGAAUGCUGAGAUAAACCUCAACAGUGCAAGGCGAUUGCAAUAGAUCGAAACAGAAGCAAAAAUGUCCAAAUCGCGUGGCUCCAACAAAACAGUGUGUCGCAACUGGAAUGGGACUCCAGGCUCCUGUUCCUUCGGAAACAAUUGCAGAUUUCUGCACAGCGGCAACAACGACUCGGGUCGGUCCUCCACCAAGGAUCGCUGCAGAAACUGGAAUGGCACUCCAGGAUCCUGUCAGUUUGGCGAUCGAUGCAGGUUCCUGCAUUCUCAACCCGACGAUCCCUUCAGCUCCAACAACUCCUUCAACAACUCCUUUACGGCUGCCUCCAACCCCUUCGCCGCUGCCUCUAACCCCUUUGCUGCUGCCUCCAAUCCCUUCGCAAGCUCUGGAUUCAGCGGCAACGCAAACCCGUUCGGCAGCCCUGGCGGGGCUGUGGGUGCAACUCCGAAUGGCUUCGGGGCCAGUGGGUUCGGUACUGCCUCUGGCGGAGGUUUUGGAAGCAACCAAGGGUUUGGGAUGCAGCAAAGCAGUCCUGGCAAUCCGUUCCAACAGAAUCAAAACAACGCUUCAUCGUUUGCGAUGCAAGGCGGACAAAAUACCAAUUUGCCACAAGCGCUCAACACGCAUUUAAAUCCAAGCAGAAUCGCUCAAAAUCUGAUGGACUACAGGUCUUCUGCGAACAAGAUUUGGCCCAUAUCCUGUUUCACCCACAGAGAGGAUUGUCUCUCUGUUCCCUGCGAUGUCGAUGGCGAUGUUUCGCCGGAAGAGGCAACUUGGCUCUUCGCUCUAAAAUUUCUUGAUAUGCGUGACAGGUCCGUUGGGAAUACAUUAAAGUGGGAGGUAGAGGUUGCGAUGGAAAUUCGAGUGCAGCAUCGAAC